AUUGCUGUCACGUCCGUUUCAUUGUUGCGCUUGUGAUGUCAGUGGAUUUAGGUGCCCGUCACGAAUGCCUGAAGAAUAAUGAUGUGUCUCGUCAAUGAGCGUUUCUGUGUGGGUUCUAUGUCCUUCAGUUUUGUGGCUGGAUUCUGGUUUUACCCUCACUGAAAACCCCUUGGAUUGUGGACUCGGGAUCGCUGCUUUACGUGCAGCCCUGAACACAAAACCUGCGUUUGUUUUGCGCGGAUUGUGUAGCCUGUUUUAUUCUAACUUUAUGCACGAAAUGGAAUGCAGAGUAUUGUCAAUUCAGAGUCAUGUUGUCAGGGGAUAUGUUGGCAAUAAAUCGGCAUCAUUUCCGUUACAGGUGCUGGGGUUUGAGGUGGAUUCAAUCAACUCGGUACAAUUCUCCAAUCAUACAGGCUACUCCCACUGGAAAGGCCAGGUGCUGACCGCUGACGAGCUGCACGUCCUCUACGAGGGGAUCAAGCUCAACAACGUCCACCACUACGACUAUGUUCUCACAGGGUACACUCGAGACACUUCUUUUCUGGAGAUGGUUGUGGACAUCGUACAAGAGCUGAAGAGGGCCAAUCCUAAACUUGUGUAUGUGUGUGACCCGGUGCUGGGGGACCAUGGCUCCAUGUACGUUCCUGAGAACCUGCACCCAGUCUACAAGAACAAGGUAGUGCCAGUGGCCGACAUCAUCACACCCAAUCAGUUUGAAGCAGAGCUCCUGACAGGGAAGAACAUUAGCACAGAGAAAGAUGCAGUGGAGGUGAUGGACCUGCUCCAUAAGAUGGGUCCUGACACGGUGGUCAUCACCAGCUCUGACCUGCCCUCGCGUCUGGGUGACCGCUUCCUUGUGUCCCUGGGCAGCCAGAGGACGUUGAUGCCUGAUGGUACCAAGUCCACCCAGAGGGUCCGUAUGGAGAUCCCCAAGGUGGACGCUGUGUUUGUGGGGACAGGGGACCUGUUUGCUGCGAUGCUGCUGGCCUGGACUCACCACUACCCCAACGACCUCAAGACUGCAUGUGAGAAGACUUUCUCAGUCAUGCAUCACGUUAUCAAGAGGACCAUCUCCUAUGCUCACGAGUUAGCAGGGCCUGGCCGAAAACCCAGCCCACCUCAACUGGAGCUGAGAAUGGUUCAGAGCAAAGCGGACAUCGAGGACCCCGCCAUCGUGAUGGAGGCUACUGUCCUAACCCUAUAGAGCCCCCACAUCCCAUCCCCCUCCCCCACCCCUCCACCCGCUCCACAACCGCACAAUGUAUAGGUGUUGUACAUUUUUAUCUGUAAUGUGACAUUGCCUUAGAAAUCUCUUACAGAGCACAACAUUUCCAUAUGAGGAGACUUAGCAGGGUAUGGAUGGACAGACUGGGGGGUGAGCAGAGGAGGGGAAGACGUGAGUGGACUGGGGUGGGGGCUACUGCACCUCGCGCACCUCCCUUUGAUAACCUGGUCUCUCUCGGUCUCUCUUCAUCUCUCCCACUCCCUCUAUGAGCUCGCCUAACCUCUUGGUUUGUCCUGCACACACAGCUUCACAGCCCAGCCCAGGCCUAGACUAUUCCAAGGCCAGGCAUCACAGGGCUUAGGCCUAUUGGAGUUGCAGCACUAGCUAACUACAGUGGCAAUGUGGUGGCCCAGUCUAGCUAAGGCCGAGGUUAUAUCUGGUAGAGGUUGAUCGAUUAUGAAAUUUCAACACCAAUACCGAUUAUUGGAGGACCAAAAAAAGCCGAUACCGAUUAAUCGGUUGAUUUUUAUAUAUAUAUUUGUAAUAAGGACAAUUACAACAAUAAUGAAUGAACACUUUUAUUUUAACCUAAUAUAAUACAUAAGUAAAAAUCUAUUUAGUCUCAAAUAAAUAAUGAAACAUGUUCAGUUUGGUUUAAAUAAUGCAAAAACACAGUGUUGGAGAAGAAAGUAAACGUGCAAUAUGUGUCAUGUAAAAAAGCUUACAUUUAAGUUCCUUGCUCAGAACAUGAGAACAUAUGAAAGCUGGUGGUUCCUUUUAACAUGAGUCUUCAAUAUUCUCAGUUAAGAAGUUUUAGGUUGUAGUUGUUAUAGGAAUGAUAGGGCUAUUUGUAUUUCAUAUACCUUUGACUAUUGGAUGUUCUUAUAGGCACUAUAGUAUUGCCAGCCUAAUCUCGGGAAUUGAUAGGCUUGAAGUCAUAAACAGCGCUGUGAUUCAAGCAUUGCGAAGAGCUGCUGGAAAACGCAGGAAAGUGCUGUUUGAAUAAAUGCUUACGAGCCUGCUUCUGCCUACCACCGCUCAGUCAGACUGCUCUAUCAAAAAUCAUAGACUUAAUUAUAAUAUAAUAAACACACAGAAAUAUGAGCCUUAGGUCAUUAAUAUGGUCAAAUCCAGAAACUAUCAUUUUGAAAACAAAACAUUUAUUCUUUCAGUGAAAUACGGAACCAUUCUAUAUUUUAUCGAAUGGGUGGGAUCCAUAAAUCUAAAUAUUGCUGUUACAUUGCACAAUCUUCAAUGUUAUGUCAUAAUUAUGGAAAAUUCUGGAAAAUUAAUUACGGUCUUUGUUAGGAAGAAAUGGUCUUCACACAGUUUGCAACAAGCCAGGCGGCCCAAACUGCUGCAUAUACCCUGACUCUGCUUGCACAGAACGCAAGAGAAGUGACCCAAUUUCCCUUGUUAAUAUUGCCUGCUAACAUGAAUUUCUAAGUACGCAGGUUUAAAAAAAUAUUCUUGUGUAUUGAUUUUAAGAAAGGCAUUGAUGUUUAUGGUUAGGUACAUUGGUGUAAAGCCGGUGCUAUUUUCGCGAAUGUGCUUGUUAAAUCAUCACCCGUUUGGAAAAGUAGGCUGUGAUUCGAUGAUAAAUUAACAGGCACCGCAUUGAUUAUUUGCAAUGCAGGACAAGCUAAACUAGUAAUAUCAUCAACCAUGUGUAGUUAACUAGUGAUUAUGUUAAGAUUGAUUGUUUUUUUAUAAGAUAAGUUUAAUGCUAGCUAGCAACUUACCUUGGCUCCUUGCUGCACUCGCAUAACAGGUGGUCAGCCUGCCACGAAGUCUCCUCGUGGCGUGCAAUGUAAUCGGCCAUAAACGGUGUCCAAAAAUGACGAUUAGCGAUUGUUAUGAAAACUGGAAAUCGACCUUAAUUAAUCGGCCAUGCCGAUUAAUCGGUCGACCUCUAAUAUCUGGCCUGCAAAAAUCAACCAACCAACAAUCUGUCAAUCAAUCAAGCCCUGUGAAAUACAUGCACAGCUGAGGGCAGAAUACUGAUCAGGGAUAGGAUAGAACCUGAGGCACUUAUUUCAGUGGAGGAGUGGUGGUUUAGACACGUUUUACCUCAUAUGUCACAACAGGACAAUGGUUUUGGGUAUGUUGAUUCUUAAAUCAAUUGUCCAUGUUCGGUGCUUAGAUCAUGAUCAGUGUAUGAUCAUUGUAAGCACGUCACUAACUUUGUGGUUGUAUGUUUUUGUGUUGUUUGUUAUUUGUUAUUUACAAUGUGUGAAAUGCUGGAGAUCUAUCAUUUCAACAUUUGUUGAUAUAUGAUCCUUGUGUGUUCAAAUUUCAAUGUUAUUGGAAUUACCAUGCGUAUGUCUUUUAUUUUGGUCUUAAUUGGAUGUAAGGUCUAGCAAGGAUAAUCUACACUGUUCGUUUUAUACGUGCAAAACAUUCAUAUACUUUUUUGUGUAUUUGUAUAUUUACAUAUCUUGGGCAGAUAUAAUAUUGAUAUGGUUUCUCUGUCUGUGCCAAACUUGUGAAAUCAAAUUAUGUUAGAGAGUGCCGAACUGGCUGUUUCCUGAUACAGACAUGAAAUUGCAAUAAAGUUAAUAUGAAUCCUGUUAUUUAGCCAACUUGCUGUAAGUUUUCUGUCUGCCCCUGCUUUGUAGGGAAUUCUCCAUAUCUUACCCUCUGUUCUGAAAAAUUAACAAUGUGGAGAAAGCCGAUUGGAUCUUUCUGGAGAUGCUCUGUUACAGGGACUCAAAGUUGAGGAAACAACCAUUUCUCAUCAGACAGGGGGGGUGUCCGUGUGCAGGACCAAUCAGGGGUUAGUUCUGCUCUGACUGACAUGUACUUACUCCUCAGCUUUUCAUGAAACCAGUGAACUGUUUAAUAUAUGUUCCAACUGUGCGUUACUGUACAUUUGUGUGUUUGCGUGUGUGUGUGAGAGUAUGUACAUGUAUGUAAGUGUAUAUUUCCUGUAAUGGGGUUUGGGGGUUUUAUGGGAGGGCAUGGGGUGGGGUGGGGUGGGGUGGGGGGAAACUAGUAAAAAAAAAAGAAGAAGAAGACAAGCAAUGACUUAUCAUCCAGAAACUAGCCUUUCCGGUGCUCUCGUAGGAAUAGCCCAGCUGCUGACUAAGUCAGUGGUGGUGAGGUUUGUUGGCUGUGCCAGCUUUUGAACCCAAAUACUGUAUGUGGUCAUUGAACUCCAAAACGGAAGCACCUAAAACUGCCAUUGAGUGGUCCGAGUGUGUACUUUGAGUAGGAGCUUUGGGGAGUUGGAUGGUCGAGGCUGUCUGUGUCUUCUGGCAAGAUAUAUAUGUUGGUCUGAAGUGGGUUGCCUUGCAAAAAUGGAGUCUGGUCAUAACCAAAUCUUUAGCUCUCCCAGUAUUCUGUGGGAAACUAUGGAAACAGUUUGAACAUAUUGACUGUUGUUGCAGCAAUGUUUUAGCACAUUCCCUGGGGGAAAUGUAGUGGGAUAGUUUACAGUGGAUUACAAAAUCUAUGUUAUUUAUACAUAUAUAUAUAUAUAUAUAGUAUAUGUAUAAAUAUGUUGUGGACAGUGGAAUAUGUAUGUACUGUGGAUCAUGAAUCUGUGCUAAAGAUAUGGCCAAUUUCUGAAACAUAUUUGAGGGCACUGCCUUGAAUCAGAUGGGACAUUCCGGAAUCUCUUCUUCCCUAAUAUUCAGCCAAUAGCACGUGGCUCGAUUGCAGUAGUGAUGAAACAAAAAAAAAAUUGGUUAAGGAUGAUUGUUGACAUGGUGUGCAACAUUUUGUGUCUUAGGUCUUAGAAAAAGUGAGAAAAAAUGCCCACCCCUACAUGUUUCUUUGUUUGGACCACUGUGUUUGCUGUAGUGUUGACUCUCUCCUAAAAUAGUCCCUUGGCAAAGUAUCAUAACAUGUACUCUUGCCAUAUGUAUACAAGAAACAGUAGGCAACACUAGAACAUUAACCAUGAUGUCAGUACAGAAAGGGAGAUCUUUGACUAAUGCAGCAUUCGUAACCAAGUGGGAAGUGGGAAUUUACAGAUUGUGAAGUCGUAAAUACUAGUUGGUUGCAAUUACCUGCUUUGAACUCGUCGAGAAACGCUGAUUGACUAAUGGCCAACAAACUGCAAAAACCAUAAACUAAAAGUACAGCUGUCACACUUGUAAACAAAUUAGUAUUCAAAAACGAUAUUAAUAGAUUUUUUAUAAAUAAUGUUUGUUGCAUUUAACUGCCGGAAAUGCAGUUUCGAGGUUAUGUCCUUAGUAGAUGAUGUCAGCAUGUAGGAGAAAGGGGAGCUCAGGAUGGUGAACGAGUUUCCCACAAGUAAUUACCAGUUGGAGGCCCGUUCAAGUGGAUUUUUCCCAGUUGUAUGUGGUAAAUUCCCACUUCUCACUUGGUUACGAGCAAAGCAUUAAGCGUAACUGAGUGCCCCCUACUACCCCCUGCCUUUGUAACUGUAUCUGUCCCUUAGUGGUUUUAACAGUGACCAGUCUAUGCUUGGCUCUUCUUUUUGUUCUUAUGUUGAAGAUUUUCUUUUUACAUUUUCUUUUCUCAAUGGGCAAACAAUGAAAUGUAUUAACUGUUUGGUAAAGUUUUUAGUGCUUCGUUUUUUGAGCCUGAAUAUUUUAUAACAUGUUAAAAUGAAGAUUGUAGUGUACAAAUCCACAUUUAUAAUAUAUAAUAUGUAUGUUAUGAUGCAAUAAAAAAUAAAGUAAUGAUUA